AUCUCGGGACAAAUAAACGCUGCUUUUUUUCCUUUUUCGCUUCCAGGCUUCUUUUUUUUUUUUUUUUUUUACUCAGCUGUUUCUUUGUAUAAUCUGACAGCGAGCGUCGGAUGUGGUUUGUAGUCAUUAUUCGCCUGGUGGAUGGAGACUGAGAGGUUUAUAUGGGACCAUUUGAAUUAGUGUUUACUUCCAAGUGGAGACCUGACCGGACGCACAGAGAAAGAGGAGCGUGAUCUUGCUUGAUGUUGCACACAUCGGGUCAGCAUUACUAUUGCAAUCAAGUUGGAAAACUUUGACUUUUCCCCUGUUUUUUUGGGGGUUUUUUUUCCUUAACGAAAUGACUCGUUUGCUUUGAACGCAGCGCUGAAACACUUCACUUUUACGCGACAUUGAUACCCAAACGCGGAAACGCCACCGGGACUGAGAGUUUAAAUUAAGCAUCAUAAGAUGUUGCUUAUGUAAUUUUUUUUCUUUUGCAAUUGUGUUCAUAUUUAUUGUUUGUCUAAUAGCAGGGUCGUGCUUUUCGGAAGUUUCCAACUUGCGCGAGCUUUUUCCCCUUCUAAGGGAAACAUUGCGUGUUUUGUAUCCGUUUAUAAUAAGCGGUACAAUGACCUGCAGCUGAAACUGGGCAUUUGAAGACUUUUCUCCUGAACUUCAGUGGCUCUGAUCUGCUUAACAUGAAGCCGGCCACCUGUCUGCUCUGUGCACUUCUGUCGCUGUGUUUACCUCUCCUCUCCUGGACAGCAGCUCUUAGCAGCCAUGAAGUGGCAAGCUCCGGGGUGACCCAGUGGGAAUUCAACAACGUGAGCAACAUCAGCACUUUCCUAUUGGACCAGGAGACUGGGAUACUCUACCUGGGCGCACGUGAUGCUAUUGUUGCUGUGGAUACUGCCAACAAAUUAAAGUCUCCCAAGAUUGAAUGGAAUGUUCCAGAAGAGAAAAGCAAAUCUUGUGUGACAAAAGGAAAGACUGUGGCUGACUGUAAUAACUACAUCCGUUUACUGGAGUUUCUGGGAGAUGGACGCAUUUAUGCCUGUGGCACAUAUGCCUUCGACCCCCAGUGUGCCUUUGUGAAUAUCUCAACCUUUACUCUGGAAAAAUCGGAGGAUGGCAGAGAGAAGAUGGAGAUCGGAAAAGGGAAAUGCCCCUUUGAGCCCAGCCAGCACUAUACUGCAGUGAUGGCAGGGGGAAUCCUGUACACUGCUACUACAAGUAACUUCCUGGGCACUCUAUUUGACAUCUCCAGAGCAACAGGCAUUGAGCAAGAGCGUAUCCGGACUGAGCGGUCCAUCAACUGGCUCAGCGAUCCAGAGUUUGUCAGCUCAGCCUUUAUCCAGGAGGAUCAUAAGAGCAACCCAACAGGUGAAGAUGACAAGAUCUACUUCUUCUUUACUGAAGUGGCCAAAGAAUAUGACCUCUACACCAAGGUCAAAGUGCCCAGGGUGGCUCGAGUGUGUAAGUCUGAUAUCGGGGGCAUGAAGACCUUACAGAGACGUUGGACAACAUUCCUUAAAGCUCAGUUGGUGUGUGAGGAUCGAGGAAGCGGCCAGCGCUUUAACAUUCUAAGAGACGUCUUUACCAAACAGCAUCAGCCGGGAGACCCCAGCAGCACACACUUCUAUGGUAUCUUCAGUUCGCAGUGGGAGCAAGAGGAAAUGUCUGCAGUUUGUGUGUACAGUCUGGAAGACAUCACUAAGGUGAUGGAUGGACCCUUUAAAGAGCUGAAAAAGAGUUGUGAGAACUGGAUGAACCCAGAGCCAGUGCCUACACCCAGACCAGGCCAGUGUCUUAACAGUGCUCUGAAAGCAGAGGGAUAUGAUUCGUCUCUGAAGUUGCCUGAUAAAGUGCUGACCUUUGUGCGAGACCACCCUCUCAUGGAGAACAGUGUUGUGUCAGCACCCCUACUGGUCAGGAGUGGGGUUACAUACACCAAACUGGCUGUAACGCUGACCCCUGUUUCCAAUGGCAACAACAAGCUUAAUGCUACUGUUCUGCAUCUUGGGACAGAUCAUGGUGAGAUUCACAGAAUUGCAGUAGUUGGACCAAAUGCAACUCUUCUGCAAGAAAUCCCUCUUUUUCCAGCCUCAGAGCCCAUCAACAAUAUUCUUCUAUACAAGGGUGAGGCUCUGGUUGGUUCUCCUAACUCUCUGGUGAAGUUGCCUACAGAAGGCUGCUCUCUCUACCCUACUUGUGAAGUGUGUGCACGUGCACGUCCACUCGGCUGUGUGUGGAGACAGAAAGAAGCUGCCUGCAGCCUGGCCAUCACAGAACCUGGUGAAGUGCAAAGUCCUGACGAUUUGGUCAGUCGAUGUGGAAGGAGUGACAAUCGCUGCUCUACUGAGAUUCAAAACCUGCAUGUGGUAGAGGGGCUGCAUAUACUACUGCCCUGUGUGCAGGUCUCACCUCGUCCCUGCCACUGGCAGCACCCUCCCCAAAGACACAUUCGACGACGCCCCACUGACUUGGAGGUUCGGGUUACUUUGGAAAGCAACGGCACUUACGAGUGUUUCUGUGAGGAAGCUGGGCGAGAGCAGCCAGCCUGUCCCAGGGCUGCAUACAGACUUCUCUUACAGGAACCGAGUGCAAGUUUGAGCAUCAUGCAAGCAUCCAGCCGUCACUUUGUGGCAGGGUACAUUCUAUUUUUCAUCUUUGGGUUUGCAGUUUGUGGCUUACUUGUGUGUCUGUUUCACCGGCGUCGCAAGAGAAGAGGAGGCGGUCAUUCUUCAUCAACCUCAGAAAAGGGGCGGGACCUGCUGCCCUCUUCAGACACACCCCAAUCACCCAGCAGUGGCAGUCUUUUCUCAGAGGCGGUUCCCUAUACAGAGAAAAGGAAUGGAACGCUGAAUGGGCACGGAGGUCAUAUGCCUGAUCUGAAGUGUGGUUAUAUUUAUGCUAAUUCAAGUGGACUCAAGCUACCGGAUACUUCAGUCAACCUGAAGGAAGAAUUUCCUGGCAGAGAGAGGGCAGGACAAGGAGAGGAGGAGGGACUAGGGGAUGGACUCAGUGAAAUAGGGGAUGGACUUGUAGCACUGGAGGAAGAAUUUGCAAAGUUGCAUGUGCUGAGAGGAGCGCCAUUAGCAAAGUGUGAAGAGAGCUCCAUCUGAGGACACUUGCACCAAGAACCACAGUAUAGGAACUGUGUGCGUAAACUCAUGUACAUCCUUGACACCACCUAUAAAUUUGUGUGGUAGCUUGUAGCAAAUCUGAGAGAACAAAAAAAUUAAGGAAAUGUGUAAAGGCAAAUGUGUGGGCCUAUAAAGACAAUCACAUAUACAUACCCAUUAAGAAGCUUUGUGUUCUCUAUGAGCUCUUUUCAAGCUUGUACGGUGCACAGUGUGUGUUCAUGUGUGUGUGUUUUACUGACCAGAGGGAUAGAAGCAGACUAACUUCUCCAACCUAAGGUUCAACCUUCUCCAACACAAUCACACAAUCCAUGUACUCAAUGCGGCAUGUGUGCAUGCUUAACCUCUUUCUGAGCUGUUUUUAGCCCAGGACUCAACAAUCCAAAUCUGUCAUGGACGAUCACAAAGUGAGAUGUCAGACCAAACUGCAUUUGAUGACU